AUGGCCGACACGUGCCACCUCCAGACAUUGUACCAGGCCGUGUGUAGUGCCGGCCAAUCACAGUCCACCUGGGCACCCAGCAUCAUCAUGGCCGACACGUGCCACCUCCAGACAUUGUACCAGGCCGUGUGUAGUGCCGGCCAAUCACAGUCCACCUGGGCACCCAGCAUCAUCAUGGCCGACACGUGCCACCUCCAGACAUUGUAUCAGGCCGUGUGUAGUGCCGGCCAAUCACAGUCCACCUGGGCACCCAGCAUCAUCAUGGCCGACACGUGCCACCUCCAGACAUUGUACCAGGCCGUGUGUAGUGCCGGCCAAUCACAGUCCACCAGGGCACCCAGCAUCAUCAUGGCCGACACGUGCCACCUCCAGACAUUGUACCAGGCCGUGUGUAGUGCCGGCCAAUCACAGUCCACCAGGGCACCCAGCAUCAUCAUGGCCGACACGUGCCACCUCCAGACAGUGUACCAGGCCGUGUGUAGUGCCUGCCAAUCACAGUCCACCUGGGCACCCAGCAUCAUCAUGGCCGACACGUGCCACCUCCAGACAGUGUACCAGGCCGUGUGUAGUGCCGGCCAAUCACAGUCCACCUGGGCACCCAGCAUCAUCAUGGCCGACACGUGCCACCUCCAGACAUUGUACCAGGCCGUGUGUAGUGCCGGCCAAUCACAGUCCACCAGGGCACCCAGCAUCAUCAUGGCCGACACGUGCCACCUCCAGACAUUGUACCAGGCCGUGUGUAGUGCCGGCCAAUCACAGUCCACCAGGGCACCCAGCAUCAUCAUGGCCGACACGUGCCACCUCCAGACAUUGUACCAGGCCGUGUGUAGUGCCGGCCAAUCACAGUCCACCUGGGCACCCAGCAUCAUCAUGGCCGACACGUGCCACCUCCAGACAUUGUACCAGGCCGUGUGUAGUGCCGGCCAAUCACAGUCCACCAGGGCACCCAGCAUCAUCAUGGCCGACACGUGCCACCUCCAGACAUUGUACCAGGCCGUGUGUAGUGCCGGCCAAUCACAGUCCACCAGGGCACCCAGCAUCAUCAUGGCCGACACGUGCCACCUCCAGACAUUGUACCAGGCCGUGUGUAGUGCCGGCCAAUCACAGUCCACCAGGGCACCCAGCAUCAUCAUGGCCGACACGUGCCACCUCCAGACAUUGUACCAGGCCGUGUGUAGUGCCUGCCAAUCACAGUCCACCAGGGCACCCAGCAUCAUCAUGGCCGACACGUGCCACCUCCAGACAUUGUACCAGGCCGUGUGUAGUGCCGGCCAAUCACAGUCCACCAGGGCACCCAGCAUCAUCAUGGCCGACACGUGCCACCUCCAGACAUUGUACCAGGCCGUGUGUAGUGCCUGCCAAUCACAGUCCACCAGGGCACCCAGCAUCAUCAUGGCCGACACGUGCCACCUCCAGACAUUGUACCAGGCCGUGUGUAGUGCCGGCCAAUCACAGUCCACCUGGGCACCCAGCAUCAUCAUGGCCGACACGUGCCACCUCCAGACAUUGUACCAGGCCGUGUGUAGUGCCGGCCAAUCACAGUCCACCUGGGCACCCAGCAUCAUCAUGGCCGACACGUGCCACCUCCAGACAUUGUACCAGGCCGUGUGUAGUGCCGGCCAAUCACAGUCCACCUGGGCACCCAGCAUCAUCAUGGCCGACACGUGCCACCUCCAGACAGUGUACCAGGCCGUGUGUAGUGCCGGCCAAUCACAGUCCACCUGGGCACCCAGCAUCAUCAUGGCCGACACGUGCCACCUCCAGACAUUGUACCAGGCCCAUCAUCAUGGCCGACACGUGCCACCUCCAGACAGUGUACCAGGCCGUGUGUGGGUGCCGGCCAAUCAGUCCACCAGGGCACCCAGCAUCAUCAUGGCCGACACGUGCCACCUCCAGACAUUGUAUCAGGCCGUGUGUAGUGCCGGCCAAUCACAGUCCACCAGGGCACCCAGCAUCAUCAUGGCCGACACGUGCCACCUCCAGACAUUGUACCAGGCCGUGUGUAGUGCCGGCCAAUCACAGUCCACCUGGGCACCCAGCAUCAUCAUGGCCGACACGUGCCACCUCCAGACAUUGUACCAGGCCGUGUGUAGUGCCGGCCAAUCACAGUCCACCUGGGCACCCAGCAUCAUCAUGGCCGACACGUGCCACCUCCAGACAUUGUACCAGGCCGUGUGUAGUGCCGGCCAAUCACAGUCCACCAGGGCACCCAGCAUCAUCAUGGCCGACACGUGCCACCUCCAGACAUUGUACCAGGCCGUAUCAGGUAGUGCCGGCCAAUCACAGUCCACCUGGGCACCCAGCAUCAUCAUGGCCGACACGUGCCACCUCCAGACAUUGUAUCAGGCCGUGUGUAGUGCCGGCCAAUCACAGUCCACCUGGGCACCCAGCAUCAUCAUGGCCGACACGUGCCACCUCCAGACAUUGUAUCAGGCCGUGUGUAGUGCCGGCCAAUCACAGUCCACCUGGGCACCCAGCAUCAUCAUGGCCGACACGUGCCACCUCCAGACAUUGUAUCAGGCCGUGUGUAGUGCCGGCCAAUCACAGUCCACCUGGGCACCCAGCAUCAUCAUGGCCGACACGUGCCACCUCCAGACAGUGUAUCAGGCCGUGUGUAGUGCCGGCCAAUCACAGUCCACCAGGGCACCCAGCAUCAUCAUGGCCGACACGUGCCACCUCCAGACAGUGUACCAGGCCGUGUGUAGUGCCGGCCAAUCACAGUCCACAAAACACAUUGCCUCCUUCAUCCUCUGCAUUACAAAUACAGCAUACUUUGCUAGGUUACUCUCUGUUGACCAGCAAUACAUGUAA